GUCCCGGAUAAUAUAAAAUAAUGUGGGCGAGGAUCGUACAGCUCGCGCUUGUUUGCGUCGUCGUCGAGCGUUCUCGUCAAGAUAGCGCGCACACGAACAACUGGGCCGUUAUUGUCUGUUCGUCUCGUUAUUGGUUUAAUUACCGGCACGUGGCAAAUGCUCUCUCGAUAUAUCGUAGUGUCAAGAGGCUAGGCAUUCCAGACAGCCAAAUUAUUUUGAUGCUGUCUGAUGACAUUGCGUGUAAUCCUCGCAAUCCCAUUCCGGGAGCGAUCUUCAACAGUGCGGGUGACAGGUUGAACGUAUAUGGAGACGACGUUGAAGUCGACUACCGAGGCUAUGAAGUGACAGUGGAAAAUGUAAUCAGAGUACUCACUGGUAGAGUACCACCUGAUACUCCGAGGUCAAAACGUUUGUUAUCAGAUGAACGAAGUAACGUGUUAGUGUAUCUGACAGGUCACGGCGGCGAUGGAUUUUUGAAAUUUCAAGAUUCGGAAGAGAUAGCGAGUGUUGAACUGGCCAAUACGUUUGAACAAAUGUGGCAGAAACGACGGUAUCAUGAACUUUUCUUUAUGAUCGACACAUGCCAGGCCGUGUCUAUGUACCAAAAGUUCUACUCACCAAACAUUCUAGCUGCUGCUAGCAGCCAAAUCGGACAAGACUCGCUAUCGCAUAAUGCGGAUCCAGAAAUCGGAGUCUAUAUGAUCGACAGAUUCACGUAUUAUACGCUUCGUUUUCUUGAACAAGUUACUGCAACAAGCAAAGCAACUAUGGGGCAGCUUUUUCGUUCUUAUGAUGCAUCGCUGGUGAUGUCAAAGCCCGGAUUCAGGACCGACUUGUUCAGAAGGAAUAUAGACGAAGUCUUAAUCACCGACUUCCUUGGAAGCGUUCGAAAUGUCCAGCUGAUGCAUGGCCGGCCUGUCGUCGUGACGAGCAACCGAAACGUCAACAACCAGUCGGAUGCAUCAAAUAGAAAGCAAACGUCGUGGUCUUCACAACAUAAUGAUAUUGUUGAAGAACGAACAGGUCGCCAGCAAUGGGCCGACUCUCUUCAGUUUUACGUUCUGCUGGUUGUCUUUCUAACAGCCGUGAUGCUGAUGUUUUAUUUUAGAUUGUAGGGUUUCGAGUGAGCAAGAUGAUUAGGUUUAGUGAGUAUACAGUCUGCUGUAGUAGAGUUCUCGUAUUGUAGAAAUUAUUACAAAAUUAAAUCGAGUUUCUUACUGCUGGUAUCAGA